AUGGGUCCUGUCUUCCCCGGGGGUCUGCUCAGCUCCCAGCACCUGUGUGGCUCACACCUGGUGGAUGCCCUCUACCUGGUCUGUGGGGAACAAGGGUUCUUCUAUAACCCCCACAGACCUACUCCUGCAACACCUUAUAGGAAGAGCAGACAGGGUUGGAGGGUGAAGCUGGAACGUCCAUGGAAGGACCAUGAAGACCAGAAGGUGAAAAGAGGCAUUGUGGAACAGUGCUGUCAUAAGCCAUGUAGCUUCAGCCACCUGCAGAGCUACUGCGACUGA